AUGUUGGUACCGUCUUCCGCCGACUUGCACGAACUCAUCGACGAGCUUCGCGACAAGGUCUCCGCUCUCGCUGAACUGGACAAACAGAUCGCCUAUGCCCUUGACGGUGAGGAGUUUGGCGAGGAAAUUACGGGCGCUAUCGAGUACCACGAGAAGAUCGUGAAAGCCGUCAGCAGGCUUCGGUCCGCGCUGAACGCGUGUGCAUCGGUUGGUCCUACCGUCAUCGAAGCCAACCAGCCGAGGCAUGCGGAUACAAUUGACGGAUCCAGCAGCUCCAUGGAAGCUGCCCACUCGGACACCAUCGGCCAAAGAAUCGUUGGGAACAGUAGGCCACGAGCACCGGGCUUCCGAGUCGCCUUGCCGAAACUUCAAGUACCCACCUUCAGCAGCGAGAACUGUGAGUUACCGGGUUUCUGGGAGCACUGCGAGGCGACCAUUCACACGCACCCCAAGCUCACAGACAUCGAAACGUUCAAGUGCUUGAAGCCUAACUUGGCCGGCUCUACGAGGCGAGCGACCAAAGGAACACGCCUGACUGAGAAGAAUUACAACGUUGCCGUCAAGGUGUCCACCGAAGGGUAUGUCCGAAAAGCUCUCGUCGAUGAUCACACAGACAGCCUGCUUGCCAUUGAGCCGAUCGAGUCUUCGUCCCAAGUAUCAAGGCUGCCGGACGUGCACGACAAAAUCGAGUUCAGGACCAGCUGUUUGGUCAGCCUUGGCACGCCGUUUGCAGAGAACGCGGCUGUUCCACACCGAGUACUGUUGCGCUCAUUGCCAGAAGACCUGGCUAUCCUGUACCGGAACCUGGAGAAGACCAAGGCUUUAGAGCGCGAGCGUCGAGACGCUCGCGCUCUAAAGCCUUGGUCUUCUCCAGGUUCCCAGCGUCGAGACGCUCCUAAAACGCGCUACCAAAUUGUCAUGUAA